CAGAGCAUUAUUCACGCAGGAGGUGACCAAGUAUUCUUUUAUCUAAUCUAUAUCGCGCCCCCUCCAACCAAAAUGGCUGCAACACCGCCCGAGUCGCCUACAAGCGCCCAAGACAACCAGCGACAACCCCAGACCGCCACGAAAUCUCGCCAGAAGCAGCAGCAGCGUGACUUUUUCCAGGAUACCGCCGGCGCGGACGAGACCGCCGGUGCCUUGCAGCGACAGCCCCGUCGACGGCGACAACGAGCCCCAUCGUCCGCCGAGACCUCAGUUGACGAAUCCAUCGACCCGCGCGAUCAACAGCAGCAACAGCAGCAGCAACAACAGGCCAUGACGACGAUGCAAGGUGGUGCGCAGGGGUGGUCGCUCGAGCCGGAGGCCGACAAGGAAGACACCGGGCUGAAGCUGAAGCUGGAUCUAAAUCUGGACAUCGAGGUGGAGUUGAAGGCGAAAAUCCACGGAGAUAUCACUUUAGCGUUGCUGUCCUGAACAUGGGGAGGG